UGUGCGGGUAGCACCUUUCAGUUGCUGGGUGUGCAUGGCUGUGGCAUCCCUCAGCAUCUCUGCCGCUCUCCAGGGCUCUGCGCCAUCAUCCACUACCUCAUCCAUGGGCAGCUGGGCUGGCUGGGGCUGACCCUCGCCUGCGUGGUGCCCGGCUACGCAGCUCAGCUCCUCAGCAUCCUCUGGUUCAGGGCGGACGGCUGCCCGCCCGACUGCUGGCUCCUGGUGCUCCAUGUCCUGCAGCUGGGCCUCUGGAAGAGGUACUGGGAUGUUUUGCGGAUGGCGGCGAAGGCGGGCGGCAGUGCCCAUGGCGGGGAGGUGCUGGCGCAGCACGGGGACGUGUGUGUGCUGCGGCUCCUGGAAGCCCUGCUGCAGACCCUGCCUCACCUGCUGCUCCAGACCUACGUCGUCGUGGCAGUCGACCCAGCAGGCUUCGUCCCCGGUGUCAGCGCGGGGCUGUCCCUGCUCUCCCUCGCUUGGGCUUUGGUCUCCUACAGCCGCUUCGCCUGCCUGCUGAAACCCGGACACCUCUGCCCGCCGGCCACGGCCAUCCUCUGCCUGCUGCUCUGGAGGACAGGGAUGCUGGGCACCAGGGUCCUGGCCCUGGUGUUCUUUGCCAGGCUGUAUUCCUUUUGGGUUUUUGCUGUGGCAGGUGUCCACUGGUUGCUCAUGUCCUUCUGGCUGGUGGCCCAGCAGACGGACAUCGUGGCCCAGCCUUGCCGCUGGAGGCUGUUCAACUGCCUGGUGGGAGCCGUGUACAUCUUCUGCUACGUUAAUGUCCGGCCCGGUCCCUCCAGGCACAGGGUGGCCGUGUUUUAUGCAGUAAUGCUGAUGGAAAACACCCUCCUGCUGCUGCUGGCCACGCGGUUCCUGCAGGCAGAGCUAAGGAACAGCCUGUGCGUGACCGGGGCCGUCAUGGCAGGGUCUGCCAUAGGUGCCACAGCUCUGGUGGUUUAUUACAGCCUGCUCCAUCCCAAGUCCACAGAGAUCUGGCAGGGCUUCCUGGAGACAACCUGCAGUGCCGUAGCCACCAGUGAGGACGAGGUUGCUGGAGAUGGCUCCCAAGCAGGGCAGAGUUUGGGAAUUUCGGGAGACAGAGAGUCUUUGGCUGGGGAAGGGACCAUGGCAGAUCCCAAAAGUGGGAACAGUUCAUCGCUCCUGCAGCUCAGAGGGUGUUUGGAGGACAGCUGGACAAACCAUCACCACUGGCUGCUGGUCAAGCUGGCCUUGAAGACAGGAGAUAUGUCCACAAUCAACGCAGCUUUCGGAGAUGGUGGCGUGGGAGAGGUUUACCCUGGAGGAUGGAUGAUGGGGAAACCCACCGGUGUUGAGCCUGGGGCAACCCCUUCCCUCCCCAUGAGGGAAAUCGCUCCUCAGGGUGUUGAGUCUGGUGAGAAAUUGCUGGUGGUAGGAAAGGGAGGAGGCAGCAAACCCAGCGCCGGCGCUGCGAGGACGACACGGGAGGACGGUGCGGGGCAGGAGCCUGGUUUUCACCCGGCCAUAUCCUUUCCCAGCAGCUUCUCCCCAGAUCCUGCCGAGGGCUCCUCUCUGUAUUUCAGCGCCAGUGCGGGAAGCAUCGCCUCGCCCGGCACGGGGACAGCCACGGCUGCGUGCGUGGCCCACCUGCAAAGGGACGAUGAAUGCCAGCCUCCUGCAGGCUGCCUGGGAGGAGGAGGGGAUUUAUCCCUUGAGAUGGGGAGCAUCAGCCCAAUCCUGGACACUUGUGCCCACAAGCAUCUGCAGAGCAGGUCCUCCCUCGGCGGCACAGGCAGCCGUGGGGUGGGGGGUCCCCCCAAAGAGGGCUCAGAGCCCCUGGGGCCAGAGGGUGCCCUCACGGGGCAGCAUCACCUUUGGGGCACCCACCCUUGUGGCACACAGGGGACUGAUGUGAGGAGCAAGCUGAGGCCACCGUGCUUCACCUCCACCCCCAAGGCUGACCCUCGAUGCCCACCGCAAGGACUGGGGGAGCCGGGAGAGGGGACAGACCCCUCUGAGUUGCUGGGGUGACCCUGGAAAUCGCUGUAGUGUCACCUUGGGUCAGCAUCGGGGCAGGUGCCGCCUCGGUAGGGUACGGCAGGAGGUGGUGGGAUGUCAAUGCUGGCCAUGAAGACUGUCCCCAUGGUGCCCCUGCUGCCGGGCAGGUGUGCUCCUCCACCGCUAGGACAUCACCUUCCCUCCCUGUGCAUCUUCUAUGGGCAGUUUUGGAAAGCUUCAAAGGUCUUAAAAAGCCUUAAAAGUCCAGGUUUAGGUAUUUAUUAAACUUAUUUAUGUAACAGUCCUGCAAGUGCCUAUACAAGCUGCUGGCCUGUCCCAGCAUGGAGAUCUGGCUGCUGUCUCCAGGGGCUGCAACGCUGGCCAAAGCAGGAGUCUUCUUAGGAAAAAUAAGUGCCGAAACCAGAAAAAUAAUGAGUUUUACUCUCAGAUGCUUUUCCUUCUGGGCUUAAUAAGCAUAAAAGUAAGGCUCAACGGUGCUUGAUUUAUUUUUCCUCCACCAGGUUCAUCUUGAGAGCUUUACCAACUCCAUUUGCUGGGGCCAUAUUGGAGCCCAGACCCCCUUCAUACUGCAAACCACAACCUCAGCACCAUGAAUUAUAGACAAAAGCAUGCCCUGCUUGCUUGCUUACUGUCCUGCUUCCCCAAGUGACCUUUUCUGCCCAGGCUCUUCCUUACCCCCUUCCACCCAGCUGCAGAUAAUCCAGAUCCAGCUGGAUGCUCCCUCUUAAAUUUAGCCUCGAGCCAAAUCUCAAAACAGAUUCACAUCCAUAAAAUCCACCGUAAAAUCUCCAUUGCAGGCAGGGUUUAUUUGUUUCGGGAACUAAAAGCCUCAAUACCGUGGUCUCAGAAAUAGCCAAGGCUGGCCAUGAGUUUUUGCCCAGGACAUGGCUUGACAUGUUGGUUGGGGUCUGGUCUGCAGGGCUCACCAGCAAGCUCAUGGGGGCCAGCUGGUGCACAUCUGGCCGCGUCCUCCAGCUGUGGUCCUGCGGCAGGCAGGGCUCCGGUGGUGCCACAGGGCAGGAGAUGCAGCCGGAAGGAUGGGCAUGCAAGGAAUUAUUUAAAAAAGCUUCCAUGUAGCAUUCACUACUCAGGAUUGGCCUAGCCAGAUUUUUUUCAAGCUGAUCUGGGCACUGACAACCCCCCUGGUGCCGGUUUUGGACUGAAGCCGCUUUCCGACGUGGUGAAAGCUCCACGUCCCCGUUCGGCCCCCAGCACCGCCGUGCUGUGGCUGUGCUCCACAGGGAGGAAGCAUUGCAGCAGCUUUUCCAGAGUCCUCCUCACUACGUGUCUCACACAGAAGGCAGCGGAGCUGCUGUGGCAUUGUGGAAGUUUUUAUCUAGUUUGGUUUUCUACCUUUGAUAAUAUAUAACGAUGCGUUAAAAAACAAACUGGCCUUUGCUGUG